UCCUCUGAUAGCUGAUCAGCUUCUCCGGCUCCCUCCCUCACAUUUUCCCAAUGCACAUUCUUAGUCUCAGGCUGCAAAACAGGAAGCAACCUCCCAGUGUCAAAGCAACCCUGGGGAAUCACGUCUCUUUAAUUUGUCAUUUAAAAUCACCAAGAACGCGAGUCGUUAUCAUGUUCUCGCGCUACAUCUGUUCAUUGGUUGGGUGUUUUCUGCACGAGAUUUACACUUACUAAGCCGAAGCGAUGCGCCUAACAGCGAUGCACCUUAAACUGGAGGUCUGAUAAGGAGCGGACCUGUCCGUCUCCCAGGGCAACCGCUGACAGAAACGCCCCGCCUUCAUUUUCAUUCGUUCACCGUAUCAGUUGGUGGAAGGAUUGGUUUACAAAGAUGUCGAUCUAUACGUGCCUUCUUACUAGGAUAUUUUUUGUCAUACACGGCGGGGUCUCCGAAAGCAAGUAGGGUCAUGCGCAAGGGGUGUGGAAAUCGAUAAUGCCCCGAAGCAGUAGCAGAACAAGGGCAUUUGCUCGCUUUACCGGAUUAAAAUCUGUCAUCUGUAUUUGAACAUGGUGCGAAUUUAAUAGGUAGUUUUGUUAAUCAAAGAAAACAUCAGUCCACAGACAUCGGCAAAUAAACUGCUGUUGGCCUGUGAGUAACUGGAAUCCUGUCCUAACAUGGACCACAAAACAGACAGCUCCUACAUGAAGAUCAGCGAGGAGAGAGUAAUCCCAAAGUCGGACAUUCUGUCUCUUCUGAAGACCUACAACUGCUACCAUGAGGGCCAGAGCUUCCAGCUGCGCUUGAGAGAGGAAGAAGACCAGCUGAUCAUGGAGGGUCUACUCAACAUCUGCUGGGGCCUUAAGCGCCCUAUCAGGUUACAGAUGUAUGACGAGAACCAGAGAUUUCACUACAACUGCUCUACAAUAUGGACAUCUGACCUCUCCAAUAGGAACGAUCAGCUGCAGCUCAGCUCAACUACACUGCCUUCUCUGGAGUCCAACAACAACAACAUCCCUGACAACCAUACCACAUCAGACCUUACCUCUUUAGUUGGGGGGGCUCCAGAGGAGGAGGAGACCCCCCAGCUCCUCAGGACGCAGAGUGACGCCAGCUUCAUGUCCAUCCAGCGGCGGACGCAGCUGCGCAGCUCCGACGACAUGCAGCGCAUACGCAGACACCGCUUCUCCAUCAACGGGCACUUCUACAAUCACAAGACCUCAGUGUUCACGCCAGCCUACGGUUCCAUCACCAACGUACGCAUCAACAGCACCAAGACAACACAGCAGGUGCUCAGCCUGCUUCUCAAGAAGUUCCGCGUGGAGAACAAGGAGGAUGAAUUUGCUUUGUACUUGGUUCACGAGUCAGGUGAGCGGACGAAGUUAAAGGACACAGAGUUUCCUCUUGUGAGUAGAGUACUCCAUGGCCCUUGUGAAAAAAUCGCCAAGAUCUUCAUCAUGGAAACAGACCUGGGGGAAGAAGUAACAUAUGAUGUGGCCCAGUAUAUCAACUUUCAGCUGCCAGUCCUAGACAGCUUUGUGAACAAACUAAAGGAGGAGGAGGAGAGGGAAAUCUCAAAACUUACUAAGAAUGCUCUGAAGGCCAUGAUCCAGACACAACUUGAAGAUGUUGUUCAGACAGCUGACUGUAUGUGACACACGAUGCGGUGUCACAGGAGUGUGUGAACGUAUGAAGAAUAUUUACCUAGAGAAGUGACAUCAUUGUGGCUCAGCGUGUGUGUGUGUGUGUGUGCGAGAGAGAGCACCCAACCGUCAAAGCCAAGCAGAGGGCUUCCCUCACUUUAACAAACUCAGGACUAACCAACACACACACACAUACACAAACACAAAGAGACAGACACUAGUCCUCAGUGCACUUAAACAUAUUAUUUUGCUCUGUCCUGCUAAUCUUAACAGAUACUUAUCAUGUAAGCAAUAAUUGCUUGUCCAAUAGCUCCAUCUUAUACCACCCAUUUAUAAAGAAUGUGAAAUAAAUUCUACUUUUUCAGUCCUUUCUGUGUGGUAUUUCUUGAAAAAUGUAGAGAUUUAUUGCAUUGAUGGGUAAGAUCUUGCUUUGCAAAUUUGCCUGGUUUGCGACCUAAUGACCAUGGUAAUUGUGAGUUUCAAGGCCAGGCCAGUUGAGAAUUAGCUACUGUUCUAGAGGGCUCUGAAAUAUUUACCUGAGUGUUGUAGUAGAAUUACUGUUCUAGAGUGCUCUGGAAUGUUUACCUGAGUGUUGUAGUAGAAUGACUGUUCUAGAGUGCUCUGGAAUGUUUACCUGAGUGUUGUGGUAGAAGAAGCACAAUGCUCUGUGUUCUUUACUUGUAUUGUUACAAAGUAAUAGCCGAUAACUACAAACACCAGUUUAGCCAACACCAAUCAUCUGUGUAACAUGUCCAAUGAUAAGAGGACACUCACAAGUGUAAUGACCCCAGUGAAUAUGGGCUCUAAAAAUGGCCCUGUUGAAAUUAUAGUCCUUUGUGGUGCACACAGAAAGUGUUGACGGGGUGUUUCAGC